AUGGACCCUCCUGCUGGUCUUGAUGUUUCCCCAGGUCUGGUUUGCAAGCUUCAACGCUCGUUAUAUGGACUUAAGCAAUGCCAGUGGAAUCUUGAGUUUACCGACAGGCUGCUUGCCUUUGGUUUUCGUCAAUCUACGCAUGAACAUUGCCUCUUCACUAAGUGUUCGGAUUCUGAGUUUACAGCACUCCUCGAUAAUGUGGAUGAUAUCCUUUUAACUAGCUUCUCUGAGGCUGUUCUUCAUUCUCUCAAACACUACUUGGAUCGCCUAUUCACCAUCAAAGACCUUGGUCCUACAUGGUAUUUUCUUAGCCUUGAGUUUGCUCGUUCUCCUCAUGGCCUACAAGUCACUCAACGCGAAUAUUUACAUGACAUCUUGUCUGAUUCUUCCAUGCUUCAUGUUGUGCCUGCUUCCACUCCUUUUCCUUCCAGCCUCAAACUGACUCAUGAUGGAGCAAUUGAGCCAGUUUCUUCAAGGCCCCGUACCUCGCAUUGGGAUGCAACUCUUCACGUCCUCCGCUACCUGAAAGGCACCACCUCCACUGGCAUUUUCUUCUAUUCUUCUAGCUCAGUCCAUCUUACAGCGUAUUCUGAUGCUUCCUGGGCUUCAUGCCUUGACUCCAGUCGCUCCAUUACUGGCUACUGCAUUUUCUUGGGUACCUCCCUUGUCUACUGGAAGACGAAGAAACAGGCCACGGUUCACAUUCUUCAGUUGAGGCAGAAUAUCGCAGCAUGGUCUCCUUUGUUCUACGUGAUCUUGCACUCUCUCAAUUCCUUUUUGUUCAAGCUUGGCUUCAUCUCACCAACUCACAUUUUUGGGUCUGAUCAAAUUGCAUAUCUCUUUACCAAGUCUCUUCCUGCUGCUGAUUUUGCCCGAUUCCUGUCCAAGCUGGGCCUCUCUUCCUCGGCUCCAUCUUGA